GGAGGAGGGCAAGAUGAAAGGUGUCAGGGAGGCCUCGGGAGACUCAGAGGAGCGAGGGAGCAAGAGGAAGAAGGAGGAGAAACGGAGAGAAAGAGCUGACAGCGGACAUCACCGCUGUCACCACUGUGACAGAACCUUCACAAAAUUAGAAUAUUUAAAGAUUCAUCAUACAGUUUACAAUGUAGAGAAGCCUUACAGAUGUGAUCAGUGUGGGGCAGCUUUCACAAUACAGAGCACCCUAAAAAGCCAUCAACGCAUUCACACUGGAGAGAAGCCGUACAGCUGUAAACAAUGUGGGAAAACGUUUUCUCAGAGUAGUAGCCUUAAAACUCACCAGCGCAUUCACACUGGAGAGAAGCCGUACAGCUGUGAACAAUGUGGGAAAGCGUUUUCUUCGAGGGGUAACUUUAAAAAACACCAACUUAUUCACACUGGAGAGAAGCCGUACAGCUGUGAACAAUGUGGGGAAACGUUUUCUCGUGGUGAUAACCUUAAAACUCACCAGCGCAUUCACACUGGAGAGAAGCCGUACUCGUGUGAUCAGUGUGGGAAAACGUUUUCUUAUAGUGGUGGCCUUAAUUCUCACCAGCACAUUCACACUGGAGAGAAGCCGUACAGCUGUGAACAAUGUGGGAAAACCUUUUCUCAGAGAGGUCACCUUAAAAAACACCAGCUCAUUCACACUGCCUCGUUGUGAACAUGUUUCAGAGCCAAGCUGUUUCCUCCUCCUCAUGCCCUGAUAGCUGUGUUGUUAUAUUCUGAUCUUCUCUCCACAUUGAAG